AUGUCAAACAUUAAGUAUAUUUAUUUGAAGAAAAUACAUAAAGUUCCAUCAAAUAUUACUAAUUACUAUAAUCUCAUUGAAACCAUCAAAAAUACUAAUAAAUAAUUAAAGAACAUUUAUCUAUUUGCAAUCAUUAAUCCAGGUAGAUAUUUAAAAAUACUAUUAUAGAAAAACCUGAUAUACUUACUGAAAUCAAUUCAGAUGUUACCUUUUAAUAAUUAAAAAUAGUAUAUUAAUAAUAAGGAUUGCCUUCUAUUAAAUUAUUAGUGACAGAAACAAAGAAUUAUUAAGAAAUCUUAAAAGAUUGUUAAGACUUUUUAAAUUAAAGUAUAGUUACAACAGAAAAGAAACAUAAAGAUGUUUCAACCUUCUUUUAACCUAGUAAUUAAGAUUAAUGGCAAUAAUUUUCACCAUUGUUAGGGAAUAUAGGGUAAUUGUAUUUAAAUAAUAGUAUUUAGAACUUAAGCAUAAGUAUAAUAAAUUGAUAAUGCAUAAAAUACAAAUGAAAUGGAUUUUAGAAAUAAUAAAUAACUUAAAGAAUUAAUUGAUGAAAUUAUUGAUUAAAAGCUAAAAGAUUUAGGAUUAAUAACAAACAAUAACAAUUAAAUUGAUCCAUUUGAUUAUAAAUUUAAAUUGACUAUGAAAAAUCUUGUAUAUAUUGCUAGUUCAAAUAAUAACCUUAAUAUUUAAUUAAGUUUAAAAAAUAAUGGUAAGAAGAAAUGGUAUAAUCCAUAUAUAAUAAAUAAAGAAAUAAAUUUACUUUAGAAAUUUAAAGAUUUGUCUCCAGGUUAAUCUAUUUAAGUUAAUAUUUCUAUUCCAUUCAUUCCUUAACAUUUUAAUGAGAAUAAAAAACAUCUUUAUAGUUUCAAAGUAAAUAUAAUACUUUAUAAUAUUAGAUCAAUGUUGAAAAUGAAUAAAGAUAAUAGUUUGAAGUAGAUGGUUAAAUUCCAAUCUUAGUCUAGGCUCCAAUUGAUAUUUAAUAAUCAACAUAAGAAUAAAAGAUAUCAAAAUUAUUGGAUGUCUUUCCAUAAAAAGGAAAGAAUUAUAUUACUAAAUUUGUUUAAGAAAAUGAUAAAGAUAAAUCAGUUGAUUAAUUAAUUGAAGAAUUAUUAUAAUGA